AUGGCACCUUUCAAAUUUGGCAAGAAGCAUGGUAAAGAUAAGUGGGAGAGUUCUCAGGGCACCGCUCGCUCUUCCGGCACCAGUAGCUCUUCAGAUGGUCUCCCCCCUUCAAUUCAAGCCGAAAAAGCUACUACGGGGUCUACAAUACCUUCCAGCGGAGGUACUGAUUAUAGCUCAAGAAUUGGACAUGUAUCCUCGAGCGGCCAUAGUCCUAAUAUACACAGAGCUGGGAGUCUUCCUUCGAGCGCAAAUCGUAGUGAUUACUACCAGGCACAUUCAAGGGGCGGGUCAUAUAAAGGCCCAAUAGAAAAGGUAAACAGAGAAAGGCAUCACUCUCUUGCUACCAGGGAGGAGCUUGAUUCGCCUUGGGGGCGUGUGAAGUUAUCUCAGUCACCAUUUCCUCGGUAUAGGCACGUAGCGAGCUCCUAUGCCUCUGAUUCCGAUGAGGUAUACGUGAUUGGCGGUUUGCACGAUCAAAGUGUCUACGGAGAUACUUGGAUUAUCAAGAGUCACAAUAAUGGCAGUUAUUUCACUUCUACUAUGGUUGAUAUUACCGAGACUUCGCCUCCGCCCCGUGUAGGGCAUGCCGCAACGUUAUGCGGGAACGCCUUCGUGAUUUUCGGUGGAGACACUCACAAGACUAAUAGCGAAGGCUUGAUGGAUGACGAUGUUUAUUUGUUCAAUAUUAAUUCUCACAAGUGGACAAUUCCUCAUCCCGUCGGCCGGAGACCCCUAGGUCGUUAUGGACAUAAAAUUAGUAUUAUUGCUACAAGUCAAGUGAAGACUAGACUAUAUGUCUUUGGCGGUCAAUUUGACGAUACUUACUUCAAUGACCUUGCAGUGUAUGAGCUUUCUAGUUUCCGUAAACCAGGCUCUCAUUGGCAAUUUGUUAAGCCUGUAAGUUUUGUACCGCCACCUUUGACUAAUCACACAAUGGUGUCUUACGAUCACAAAUUGUGGGUUUUCGGUGGUGAUACUCCCCAAGGACUAAUUGAUGAAAUGUUCAUGUACGAUCCUACUAUUAAUGACUGGGCCGUUGUGGAAGCGACCGGUGAAAGACCUCCGCCUUUACAAGAGCAUGCUGCUGUGUUAUUCAAGGAAUUGAUGUGUAUUGUAGGCGGAAAGGAUGACGAAGACAAUUAUUCACAGGAUGUAUACUUCUUCAAUUUUAAGAGCUUUAGAUGGUUCAAGUUACCUCGUAUUCACCAUAUGAUCCCGUCUCCACGUUCAGGCCAUUCUGUGACCUUAAUGCCCAACAAGAAGCUGUUGAUCAUGGGUGGUGACAAGUUCGAUUAUGCUCGCGCUGACAGCUCGGACUUCUCGACAUCAGAUACUUAUACGGGUGAAGGUACUAUCUUAUAUACCUUGGACUUGUCGAGACUAGAGGAAUACUGUCCAAAUAUAUUUGAUGCAACGAAGGUUUCUCCUCCUUCUCGGACUGAAGCUACUGUUGGCCCAAAAAGUUCUAGUAAUACGCCUAGAACGCAUAAUUCAGGAUUCAGUGGGUCGUCUUCUCCCCAGAACUUUGGUUACGGCAACGCUAAGAGCUCACAUGUAGAUGGUAUUCAUACGCCCCAAAUGGGGAGCCAACAUCCAUUCCAGGAUCCAAGUACUCCAACACCUAUGCCACACCAUAUAUCCCCCUCAAAGAUUCCUCAUGCUGCUCAACAAAAUCAACAGAGACCAGUGCAAUCCCAACAAUUUCAAAAACAAGAGCAUUCUCAUGUACAGUUGCAAUCGCCACCUCCUGUUCAGAAACCCAAGUCCUCUGUCCCAACUAUUGACCCUGAUUUAGAGAAUGUGAAAUCACCUAAAGUCGCCGGUAUGCAAUUACCUCAACAACCAGAGGCACCUAUUGAAAGAAAAACUAGCGACUCCUUAGAUUAUGAUGGUGAGUUAGGUGUUGCUAUCCUUGGAAACUCUCCAUCUAAAGAUACUAUCAAGAGAGAGCAAGUGAAUGUGUUCCGUGAGCAACCACAGACGCAAAGUUCUUUGACAAAGAAUGAAAAUAGCUUCGAUAGCGAUCUUCCAGGUGGCUUCAAUCUAGAUUCUAAGAAUAACUUGGGUACCAAAGCUUCAAAUGGCGUUUCACCUAGAAUUGAGCGUUAUGAAGAUUCAUUUGAUAGUUCGGCCGAGGAUUCUUUACCUAGAGUUAACAAAAUCUCGGACGAUACCGCCACCGCAGAUUCCAACUACAAGGACCUAUCUUUCCAAAAUGAUGACAGUAAAGCAGAUCUUGUUGAUUCCGGUAGAAGCAGCCAGUCUGCAAGUGAUAAUGUUUUAAAUAGAACCCCUGAUUUGUCGCCUAGUAGUGGAAGAAUUUCAACCGGGAAGAGCUUUGGGGUUCAAAAGUCUGUCAAUAAUGCAAGGCCCGAAUUUGGUUUGAGCAAAAACCAAAGCUCAUAUACUGAUUCUCCGGUGGAGAAGAACUCAGCGUUUACUGAAAGGUCAGUCCCCGAUCGUAAAGGUUCAGCAACCACAUACAACACUGAUAUUUCAAAGCAUACUGCUUCGUUUGAAAUGGUUCCACAGUUGUUGGAUGAGUUGAAUCAACUAAAGAGACACGCCGAGCAAAGUGCAACUGAGGCAAGUAAUCGUAUUCGUGAAUUGGAGUCCGAAAACACAAAGUUGAAGCAGGGUUUGCAGCGUAAUGGCAAGAGGACCAUUAGCGGGGCAGCUGCUGAAGAGGGAGCUGAAGAGUUGCAAAUCGAGUAUGAUGUCCUAAAGGCUGAUAACCAGGCAUAUUUGGGACGCAUAAAUGAACUGGAGUACAUGUUGGACUCCAAGUUCACGGAUUUGCAAAAAAUGAACGAAAUUAUACAAUCGCAAUCGAGAAUCAUACGCAAUUCCGAAAAAAUGGAAGACUACAAAUCCAAGUAUGAAGAAUUGCAAUUGGCGCACGAGGCAGUAAAGAAAGAAAACAUGGCGUUGAAAGAACAGAAAUCCUCGGAAGAGGCACAAUUGAACGAAGAAGUCUCCUCCUACUCAGCCAAACUACAAGAACUAUUAGAAAUCUGGAAAUCAAAAGGUAGCAAGGAAAUGUCAAUUAACGGUGAAUCUAGUUCUGUUGCUGGUCUAGAGCAGCACCGUGCCAUAAUUGACAAGCUAAAAUCACAAUUAAAGCAGACUCGUGAUGAAAAUACCCAACUAAAAUCUCUUCGUGAUGAACUCAUUACGAAGCAGAAAGAUUUCAGUAUGCUAGAACAAAACUACAAAUCAAGUCUUAACUCAGUCAACAAUGCAAGUAAAGCUUUGGAACUUUCACGUAGUGAAUUGGACAAGUUAAAACAUGAGAACCAAAUGUUAAAGGAACAGGUCAAAGACUACUCUUUAUCACCAUCUGUGGAAGGCCGUAGCAAGUUUAGCGGCUCUUCCUUCGAUGAGCCACUAUUACCUAUUAAUGAAGCACAGUAUAACAUUAGAAUCAAGGAUCUAAAAGCUGAGCUAUUCAUAAUUACUCAAGAACGUGAUUCGCUCAAAAAUGAGCUACUACAAUUGAAGAAAAGAAUGUUGACUAUGGACAGUUAA